GAAUGUUAUUAGGGUGAUUACCGCGCUCCUUUCCCCGUCGUCAUAAUUCCCAGUGUGAAACCAGCAGCAGGUGGCAUCCCUAGCACGACCACGGACCUGACUCAGCUUCAUAUAGAAGAACUGGAACGCCCCCAAGAUACAGCCGCACACAAUCCUCGUCGCUUUUUUUUUAUCUUUUCGUUUUGUUUCAAGCAAAACAGCGAGCAGCCCCCUUCCUGCUAGCUCGCUCCUCAUCCUGCAGGUACGACACAAGGCAUUUCCCUGCCAUACACAGUCGAGAAGCAAAUACCACACACAGCAUAGACACCACACCAUAUACACACAAACACAUCCAAAAAUGGGCCCCAAGACCAAGGCAGAGCCUCGGCAGAGGUUCAGCAUGCUCCAGUCCCUUCUGGGCGGCAAGAAGAACAAGCGGCAGUCCACUCUUGGAGAACCCGUGCUGGAGAGGCCAGGCGACAGACCGCUGCCGUUCCGGCCGUCGGUGGUAAGGUCGUACACGAUGCCGAUGAUCACGACGGACCCGCUGGCGUCGCACCCGGUCAGGCUCGAGUCUAUGCACGGGUCCAUCACCGACGGCACGUCGUCGAGCGGCUCGAGCAUCAGUGGCCUCAGCAUCCUCGGCGACAUGGCCGUCGUCACCUCGGCCCCCGCCACCCCGGGCGGCAGCGAGCAGCAGCAGCAGCAGGCGUGGUCCGGCAGGCCGACCCAGGCUAGCAGCAGCGCGGGCGCCGUGACGGGCCUGCAGGCUCUGUUCGCGGACCCCAACGACAUUGCCAUCUUCUCGUCCCCGCUCACCGCCAGCCCCGCCGCCACUGCCGCCUCCAGUCCCGUCACUCCCAGCCCCGUCACUCCCAUAACCCCCGCACCCUCCAGCCCCAGCAGCGCCGACACGGACAACCACAAGUUCAGGAGCAACAUCGUGCGCAGGACGCGGGCCAGCAGGCCGUCGUCGAGGGUGUUCAGUCCGCAGCAGCCGUCGCCGCUCUCCGCGUGCGAGGAGGAGGCGGCCGCUGCCGCCCAGCAGCGCAGCGUCUCGGCCCCUGUUGCGGUCACCCCCGCGGCAUCGUCGGCGGUCCCCGCACAGCUUCCACCCAGGCCGUCAUCCUCAUCUGGCGCGACGACGGCAGCCCCUACCACAACCACGGCCACCACCACGAGCGCGACGACGAUGACGACGGAUCCCUUAAAGGGCCUGAUGCUGCAGAUCCCAAAGGUGCCGCAAAAGAACGUGAAGCGGGUCUGGAACCCGACGGGCGGCCGCCUCCGCAGCGUCUCGCAGGCGCCGCCCAGCCCCAUCGCCGAGGAGGCGGUCGGGCUGCCGCCGCGGCCCGUGACGGUGUGGGGCUCCAAGGCCUGGGAGGGCGCCGCCGCGGCCGCCCCGACGACAACGACGGCGGUCGCGCGGAGCGCGGUGGAGGCGCUGCCGCCGGCGGCGUGGUGCAGCAACCUCACGACCAAGGACAUCGGCAGCCUCACGCCGCAGCUCGGGUCGCCGGGGUGCAGGCCGUCGUCCUCGUCCGAGGAGUCGCCCAUCUGCCUGCCCAAGAUCGAUAGGGGGCCGAACCUGUCGGCCAUCUUUGCCGGCCCGCCCCCGGUCCUCCCCGUGUCGAUGGCACCAGCGCCACCGCCGGCGGCCAAGCCCGUGACGCGACGCCACACCAGCCCGGUCGAGGCGGUGUACGAGCUCGAGGGCAGCAGCGCCGAGGAGGACAUCUACGACGACGACUACGACUACGACAACGACAGCAGCAGCAGCAGCAGCCUGCGCCACAGCGCCGUGUCCGAGGCCUCGUCGGCGCCGCCCGCGGACGCGUGCCCGCCGCUCGAUGGGGGCGUGUGCUCGCCGGCAACAAACCACCCUUCGCCCGUGACGCCGCUGGGCUCGUUCGGUGACCUGACGUACGCCGUCGCCAGCCCCGUCGACGGCGGCAACAAGCAGUACAAGGCGUUCCGGCCGGGCCCGGUGCGGGCCGCGACCGAUGUCGGCGGCGCGGUGCCCCAGGCGACGCCGCGGCCGCGCGACAGCGGCAAGGCCGAGUGCGAGGCGUGGGUCCGCCGCUCGCAGCUGUUCCAGAUGAACGAGAAGACGGUCCCGAUGAGGCGGCACAUGCCAGAGUUCUAGGGUUGUGACUAUGGCGGUGGUGGCUGAGUGGAGGGCUGGGAGGGGGGG